AUUUCUUUAUGUGUUUUGUGUUUCCAUUUGUCACACGAGAACACAAAUUACGAGGAUACUGUGGCCAAAAGUGUCCUAAUUACCAAAGCCUGGGUGCCGUCACCUGAAACGGUAUCUGAGGAGUGUCCUCUAAUUAUUGGUCAUUCUAACCUCGGCCUAAGGUUACACCCGGAGCUCUGAUCUGCUCUGCUCUUGUCAGGUUUGAAGACGACGAGAUUCUUUAGCUCGGAGGGUUAAAAUGGCUGUUUUAUAACCGAACGUGACUGAUACGAACUUCCACUUUUAUUUUAUUUUCACGAUGGCUAGAAAACCUUUGGUGAACGACCCUCUGAAACUGUUGGAUCAGUACCGGCAAGAGCGAGACGAAGCCGUCCAGCGCGAGAACGCCCUCAAGGAGAAACUGAGACAGUACGAUUCCAGGUUGAAAUCCUCAGAGGCCGCCAAACAGAAACUCAAAACCUUGACGAUGGAGAACAAGGAGCUGAAGAAGCAGGUGAAAGCUCUGAGGACCGAGAUCGGACUGGAGUCCAGUCCCGGCUUCCAGGGUAAAACCACGAAGGACAUCGUCAACGACCUGCAGGAGAAAGAGCGCGAGUGCAAGGCUCUGGUGGAAAAGAACGGACGCUUGAACCUGACCAUCGACGAGCUCUCGUCCGAGCUGGCCAACACGGUCACCUCCAAAACCCUGCUGGAGGAGAAGGUCCAGUCUCUCCAGGUCAGCCUGAAGGACAUGACCAACAACCAGCGACGUCUUCUCAAACUGUGGGAGCACAAGAAAGCCCAGCGUGAACCUGUACUCCUGCCGGCCAUAACUCAGCGAGCCGGGCACAAACCGGUGGCAUACAAGUCCGUCCAGACCGACAUGUCCAUCGGAUCUACGCAGAUCCUGCCCGCUAACGCGUUCGAAACCAGAUUCCGAUGGGAACCGGAGAGGAACCGAAAUUUGGAGAGACGGAAUAUCGUGCUACCCAACGGAGACACUCGAGAAAAACCUCCAGCCUUCGUUCAGAACGAGACCAAGAGCAUCGUACAUCACUGAUCGAUUCAUUGAGACAUUAAUUUAUUCCUUUAUUUAUUUUCACCAACCACACCAUCCUGGUCAAGUUCACAGUGCGUCCAUCACUACCCAAAAGCAGGGUGCCAAUUCUUUUCAUGGUAACACUCAGAGACCGGCAGACUGUUUUGAGAGGCAGAGAAAAACCAAAGUACCAGAAGAAGGUUUAUUAGCUGCAGAUUUACGGAUUUAAAAAGCUAAUAAAUGUUGUAUGAUUAUGGACUUCAUGUAGGAAAUAAAACUUGAGGAAAUCUAAGCUUGUGUACUAAGAAAUUCUAAAACUUCUGUACAUUUUUCACUCAAAUUGUGUUGCUGAUAUGAUUUGUAAUGAAAAACGAUGAUUUAAAUCAUCAAUACUUAGAAACAAAAGCAUUU